CUGAGCGCUUAAGUAAAUAUAGUGUUGUCGUGUUUGUGUUGCCAAUAAGUCAAAAAAUUGAAGUCGUGAUAAACUUUAGCUGGAGGUAAUACACACUCAGAAACAUGGACAGCCGGCUCGGUGUCGUAGUUUUGUUCUGUUUGGUGGGACUCACCUGUGCGCAACCAGUCAAAUUUGUUGACUGUGGUUCUGUCUCUGGCAAAGUGGUAGAAGUGAAUAUAAACCCCUGUCCCAGUCAGCCGUGCCAGCUUCACAAAGGAGAGUCCUACAGCGUCAAUGUGACAUUCAACAGUGUGGUGGAUAGCACAGAGAGCACAGCUGUGGUUCACGGUAUUGUCGCUGCCAUCCCGAUCCCUUUCCCCAUUCCUGUGAAUGACGGCUGCAAGUCCGGAAUCCAGUGCCCCAUCCAGAAGCAGCUGAUGUAUAACUAUGUGGCGACGCUUCCAGUGAAGACCGAGUAUCCUGCAAUAAAGCUGGUUGUGGAGUGGGAGCUGCGAGAUGAUGACACGAAGGACCUUUUCUGCAUCAAAUUCCCAGUUCAGAUUGUUUAAUUUUGAGCCUAGAUGACAAAAGAUCUUUAGCCUUUCGCUUAAGGGAUUCACCUUUUUUGAGUAAAAUUGUUAAAUAUUGCCAGUGAAUCUAAUAAGAGCUCAUUUUAUACAUUCAUUUAGUUGAUUUUUAAGUUGUCUUGAUUUCACGACUCUACUGCGCAAGCAUCUAGAUUGCUGCAGCAAUCAAAGGUGGUGGGGAUUUUAGAAUGUGUGUGUGCACGUGCACGCCUAGUGAUCAGUUUUAAAGCUUGCAGAUGUGAAAAUGAGGUUAAUGAUUGUCCACCCUGAACUGCAUUCCACUAAAAUGCAAGUCUUACUGGCUGCUGUGUAGUCGGAAAGAAGUACAUGUUUUCAUUUUUCACUAAAACUUUUCUCGUUUUUAACGAGGACCUUUUGCUCCUCUGUGGAAUAAGAAACCUUGAAGAUUGAACAAAAUUUCUAAUAAAGUCUAACUUGUAUCAAA